AUGAUGACCCACAGACCUGGGAACUUCUCCACCGUGCCCUUACGGGAGUUUGUGCUGGAAGGAUUCCGGGGAGGUGUGGAGACACAGGCCCUGCUCUUUGCCGUGUUCCUGGCCCUGUAUGUGGCGAGUGUCCUGGGCAACCUCACCAUGAUCAUAGUCAUCACCCUGGAGGCCCGCCUGCACUCCCCCAUGUACUUCUUCCUCAAGAACCUGUCCUUCCUGGACCUCUGCUACUCGUCGGUUUUCGCCCCCAGAGCCCUGGCUGACUUCUUCUCUUCCUCUAAAGUCAUCAGCUUUGGAGCCUGUGCAACACAGUUGUUUUUCUUCUCCCUCCUCGGUACCACAGAGGCUCUGCUUCUGGCUGUGAUGGCCUAUGACCGCUUCGUGGCCAUCUGCAGCCCCCUGCAUUACCCCGUGACCAUGUGCCACACGGUCUGUACUCUCCUGGUGCUGGGCUCCUACUGCGGAGGCUGCCUCAACUCCCUCGUGGAGACCAGCCUCACUUUUAAGCUUCCCUUCUGCGGCUCCAACCGCAUCGAUCACUUCUUCUGUGAUGUGCUCCCACUUCUCAGGCUCGCCUGCGCUGACACGGCUCUCAAUGAGCUGGUCACGUUCAGCAUCUGCGGCUUCGUUCUUCUGGGUGCAACAAUCGGGAUCUUGACUUCCUAUGGCUACAUCACAGUGACCAUCCUUAGGAUGCGCUCUGGGUCCGGGAGACACAAGGUCUUCUCCACCUGUGGCUCCCACCUGAUGGCAGUGUGCUUGUUUUAUGGAGCAGGUUUUGUUGUAUAUGGACAGCCAGGAGCUGUGGAGUCCAUGGAGCAGGGCAAGGUGGUCUCCAUCUUCUACACCCAGGUCAUCCCGAUGCUCAACCCCCUCAUCUACAGUCUGAGGAACAAGGACGUGAAGGAUGCCCUGCGGAGGCUGGGACAGAGACAGAAGGUCCCGUGA